AUAUAAGGUCCGAUUCGUAUUCUAAACAAAAAUUCGUCUGAAGAUGAGGCGACGAAUUAGAGUUUCGUUCUUGCUCCUCUUUACUGUAUUGGCUUUUUUCAGCGUUGGUGACGCUUCCACUGACAAUACAAUAGCUGAAGAAGCUUCUGGAAAUGGAGUUGUUGAAGCUACUCUUGGUUUAAUUAAUUAUGCAUGUAUCUUUCCCGAUGACAAACUUUUUGCUAGGAGAGUCGCCUAUGUUGAAACCAAUGACGGACUUCAUCCAAGAACUUUCAGGAAGGGAUAUUACGGCGGUAUUUGGCAGGUUGAUAAAGAAAUGUUAGAGAAGACUCAAUCAUUUCUAUCUUCGUUCAUCCUCGGCCGUUAUAUUGACAGAGUAAAAGCAAAAUUUGGAAUAUCUUGGCAUAAAGUUCAAUGGGAAGAUCUUACUAAACCAUUAUAUUCCGCCCUUGUAUCCAGAAUGUACGUUGUCUAUAAAACUAGGGGUGGUCGAGUACCUAGAUCCAUUGAAGAGCAGGCUAAAUUUUGGGUUAAAAACUAUAGAAAGGAUGGAGCUGAAAAUCGUUUUGUUAAAGAUGCCUUAACUUUAGAAAGAGGUUGCACAACCACAUUAGGACCCGACAUGGUAUUUGUUAUCGAUGGUUCGGGAAGUGUAAGUCUAAGAAAUUUCAGACAAAUGAAGAACUUCGUUAAAAACGUUGUAAAAGGUUUUGAUAUUUCGAGCAAGAGAACUCAGAUCAGUCUGAUUAAGUACAGCACAAGUGUAAAAACAGAAUUUUCUUUGAACAGUUAUUCGAAUAAAAGACAAGUAUUAAAUGCAAUUGAAAAAAUCACCUAUCAAGGUGGUGGUACUAACACUCACGCCGCUCUCAACAAGGUUGGUGAUGAAUUCCAACCGGAGAAAGGAGCACGAGAAGGAAGAGCCAGAAUAGUAGUUAUCUUAACGGAUGGUAGAAGUAAUCAUCCAGCGUUAACUGCAAUUUCCGCUGCCAGAUUACAUAAAAAAGAUAUAACUAUUUUUGCCGUUGGUAUUGGAUCAAAGAUUGAUUUGGAAGAACUAAGAGUCAUAGCUAGUGAUCCUUACUGCUAUCAUGCUACUUUGUUAAAAGGUUUCGACGAAGUUGAAAGUCUUAAGUACGCUAUUGAAAAGAGAACUUGCGAUGCUCCUAUAAUAAUUAAUCCUGGUAACAACGGAGUUACUCUUCCCGGAUUGUUACCUCCUAAUACCGAUCAAAAUUGCUUGAUAAGAAUGCCAUCAUCAGGAGUUACGGUUAAACUCCAGGCGGAUAAGAGUACAACUUCCUACUCUUUCUCUCGAUCAGUCUAUCCUAAUGAAGAUUUUAACGAUGCUCUAAUAAUAGCUGAACCUGGAAAAAUAGCGUCAUUGUAUAUACCCGGCAAUCACAAGAAUAUCUUUUGUAAUAUUAAGGGAAAUAACACAAAUAUAAUAGUUGAUUUUCUCCCUGGAAAACAAGAUUUUUGCUCGAAUAAUCCAUGUAAGAAUGGCGGACUAUGUGUUGAUCAAGGUCAAGAUUAUACAUGUCAAUGUCCUGAAGGAUUUAAUGGUAAACAUUGCGAAUUAGUAAUUGAUUAUUGCAAAUCAAGGCCUUGUUUAAAUAAUGGUACUUGCUCAGCAUUGCCAGGAUCUUUCGUUUGUUCCUGUCCAAUUAAUUACAAUGGACCUACUUGUGAAAAUAGAAUAGAUAAUUGCAAGAUUAACAGAUGUCAGCAUGGUAAAUGCGUUAGUACACCAAAAGGUUAUCAAUGUAUAUGUGAUCAGGGAUGGCUAGGAGAAUUCUGCGAUAAACCUGUUAAUCCUUGUUCAACACAACCUUGUGAGAGUGGGUUAUGCGAACCAUUACCUUCUGGAUCUUACCAAUGUAUCUGUGAUCCCGGUUUUACCGGUCAACACUGUGAUAUUGAUAUCGACGAAUGCGCGUCUAAACCUUGUAUACAUGGAAAAUGUGAAAAUCUCCAAAAUGGCUAUAAAUGUAUAUGCAAUAACGGCUUUACUGGAAAAAAUUGCGAAGUUGAAGUAAAUCCGUGCGAUUCUAAUCCAUGUUUAUUUGGAACUUGUGAAAGGAAGGGACGAAGUUUUGUUUGCGUCUGUGAUGCAGGUUGGGGUGGCGAACAAUGCACUGAACCAUUAAACCAAUGUUCAAAGAAACCUUGCGAACACGGAACCUGCACUGCGGUAGGUGUAGAUAAAUUCGAUUGCUGUUGCGAUCCAGGCUGGACUGGAAAAACGUGUGAUGUUAAUAUUGAUGAAUGCGCUUCAACACCUUGUGUUCACGGCGGUUGUGUUGAUGGUGUAAACCACUAUACUUGCGAAUGUAAUGCAGGUUUUACAGGCAUACAUUGCGAAAUAGAUAUUGACGAAUGCGCAUCUAAUCCUUGUAAGAAUGGUGCUUGCGAAGAUCUUGUAAACGGUUACAAAUGUCACUGUAAACCUGGUUGGACUGGACCAAAUUGUGAAAUUGAUAUGGACGAAUGCGCAUCUUCACCUUGCCUUCACGGAAGUUGUGAAGAUUUAAUAAAUGGAUAUAGGUGUCUCUGUAAUCCGGGUUAUACUGGAAAAUUAUGUGAAUUAGACAUUGAUGAAUGUGCAAGUUCCCCAUGUCAUAAUGGUGAAUGUUUGAAUCUGAUUAACAAAUACGAGUGCAUUUGUGAACCUGGUUGGACUGGCGUCAAUUGUGAAAUUAACAUUGAUGAAUGUGAAUCAAAUCCUUGCGUAAAUGGCGAAUGUAGAGAUAAAAUAAAUGGUUAUGUCUGUAUCUGUAAACCAGGAUGGACUGGUGUCAAUUGCGCAAUUGACAUUGACGAAUGUGCUUCUAAUCCUUGCCUUCAUGGUGCUACUUGUGUUGAUAAGGUAAACGGAUAUCGAUGCGUCUGCGCCGAUGGUUGGACUGGUGAAAGGUGUCAACAUAAUAUAAACGAAUGCGAAUCAAAUCCUUGUCAGCACGGUGUAUGCGAAGAUCUAAUUAACGGUUAUAAAUGUAUCUGUAAUGAAGGUUUUACUGGAACAAACUGCGAUUGCUUGGUAGAUGUAUGUGCUUCUUUCCCAUGCUUAAACGGUUGGUGCGUAAGUAAAGGACCGGGCCAAUACGGAUGCAUUUGUAAUAGAGGCUAUACUGGAAAACGAUGCGAAAAUUCAAUCGACAACUGCUUAUCGCAGCCGUGUUUGAAUGGAGGAACAUGCAAUAGCAGACCUUCUAGAUACUUUUGUGAAUGUCCUGAGGAAUUUGUUGGACAACACUGCGAAAUUAUAAAGGAUAAUUGUAGAAGUAACCCCUGUCAAAAUGCUGGAACAUGUAUUAACUCCAUUGGAAGAUAUAAGUGUCAAUGUAGAACAGGAUAUUGGGGUCACAACUGCCAACAUAAAUCUGGUAAGAUUGAAAAGCCAGGAAAAAUUGAAAGACCUGGAAAAAUUGAAAGACCAGGAAAGAUUGAAAGACCUGGAAAAAUUGAAAGACCAGGAAAAAUUGAAAGACCAGGAAAGAUUGAAAGACCUGGAAAAAUUGAAAGACCAGGAAAAAUUGAAAGACCAGGAAAGAUUGAAAGACCUGGAAAAAUUGAAAGACCAGGAAAAAUUGAAAGACCAGGAAAGAUUGAAAAGCCAGGAAAAGUUGAGAGACCAGGAAAAAUUGAAAGACCUGGAAAGAUUGAGAGACCAGGAAAAAUUGAGAGACCAGGAAAAGUUGAGAGACCAGGAAAGAUUGAAAGACCAGGAAAAAUUGAAAGACCUGGAAAGAUUGAAAAGCCAGGAAAAGUUGAGAGACCAGGAAAAAUUGAAAGACCAGGAAAGAUUGAAAGACCUGGAAAGAUUGAAAAGCCGGGAAAGAUUGAGAAACCCGGCAAAAUUGAAAGACCUGGAAAAAUUGAAAAGCCAGGAAAGAUUGAAAAGCCAGGAAAAAUUGAAAGACCUGGAAAGAUUGAAAAGCCAGGAAAGAUUGAGAGACCAGGAAAAAUUGAAAAGCCGGGAAAAAUAGAAAAGCCAGGAAAAAUUGAAAGACCUGGAAAGAUUGAAAAGCCAGGAAAAAUUGAGAGACCAGGAAAAAUUGAAAAGCCGGGAAAAAUAGAAAAACCUGGAAAAAUUGAAGGACCAGAAAAGACUGAAAGACCGCCGAAAACUGAUGGACCGGGAAAGACAGAAAGACCACCUAAGACAGAUGGUCCGGGAAAAACUGAAAGACCACCUAAGACUGACGGACCAGGAAAAACUGAGAGACCACCUAAGACUGAUGGACCAGGAAAGACUGAAAGACCACCUAAGACUGAUGGACCAGGAAAAACUGAGAGACCACCUAAGACUGAUGGACCAGGAAAAACUGAGAGACCACCUAAGACUGAUGGACCAGGAAAGACUGAAAGACCACCUAAGACUGAUGGACCAGGAAAAACUGAGAGACCACCUAAAACUGACGGACCAGGAAAAACUGAAAGACCACCUAAAACUGAUGGACCAGGAGAGACUGAAAUCCCACCUUUCCGAACAACAACACCAACUCCUCCGUCAGGCGGUGGUUAUAGCUGUGGAUCAAAUAACCCUUGUACCCCAGAAAAUAUAGAACAAGGCAGAUUCUAUUUCCCUCAUGUUCAAAGGGAGAAAUUCGUUCAAUGCAGCCAGUGGGGACAAUGUUUUGAGAAGUCUUGUCCACCUGGUCUAGUGUGGGAUGCCGGUGCAGUAACCUGUAAUUGGCCUUAA